AACCCGGCUUUAACCGUGGUUGAGGGAGCCUCUCUAAAAAAAAUCGCGGUCGUCGAUGAAGAGAAAAAUAAUAUACAUGGCACGAUAAGGGCUCGUGGAAUUGGAACGUGACUCGUGCAACGAUCUCGCAAACUCGUGGACGUCAAGCGCGAUCUCGUGUAAUCAACCGCUUUCUCCACCGGCACGUCCGAGGCCGCAUCCGUUGCGCCGUUCGGGAUUAUGAGCUACGGCAGUCUUAACCUUUAAUGACAGCUCCGCAUAUCAAGGUAACAUUCUCCGCCAGAAUCUGGAAAGCGCGCUCGCGCGAGGAACGAAUUCUCGAUAAUAGUCGUUGCGUCGCGUCAUAAAAGUCUCUCGGUGUUCUGCGACCGAAGAAAAUUUCAAUCGACCGACGUGCGGCUCCCCGCGCCACAGAUCACAUAAAGAGCUUCAAAAUGCAGACGAUAAAGUGUGUUGUGGUAGGCGAUGGAGCGGUUGGUAAAACGUGUCUCUUGAUUUCGUAUACCACAAACAAGUUUCCUUCUGAAUAUGUGCCUACUGUUUUCGACAACUAUGCAGUAACUGUAAUGAUAGGAGGUGAUCCAUAUACAUUAGGAUUAUUUGAUACAGCAGGUCAAGAGGAUUAUGACAGAUUGCGUCCUUUAAGUUAUCCUCAAACUGACGUGUUUCUCGUGUGUUUCUCAGUUGUUUCACCAUCAUCAUUCGAAAAUGUGAAAGAAAAGUGGGUGCCAGAAAUAACACAUCACUGUCAGAGAACUCCAUUUUUACUUGUUGGAACGCAAAUUGAUUUAAGAGAUGACGUUGCAACAACAGAAAAACUUGCAAAGAAUAAACAGAAGCCGAUAUCUGGAGAGCAGGGGGAGAAACUCGCUAAGGAACUCAAGGCUGUAAAAUAUGUAGAGUGUAGUGCUUUGACACAGAAAGGUUUGAAGAACGUAUUUGACGAAGCUAUUUUAGCCGCAUUGGAACCGCCCGAACCAGUGAAGAAAAGGAAGUGUACGCUUCUGUAAGGUAACGAAGUAUUGGCAUCGAUGAGACGCAUGCCUGAUUUCAAAACGACACUGUAGUACCAGGCGACGGACUCGUGUAGUAUACUCUGUAUUAAAUAGAACUAAAUUUUUUUGCCUCUAUUAGAGUUUAUAAUCGUAUUCGGAAAGAAUAAGCAAAUUGUCAGACGACUGCAAACACAUUCCACGAGGCAUUGAGGCGUGCGAUAAUGACUCUCAGUUUGUAAAGCUUGAUAAAACUUUUAUCAAAUAAUAAUUUUUUUUUUUUUAAAGAAAGUUAUUGCACAAAGCUUUUAUUUUUCCAAUACGACUUUCGAAGAGGCGAAAUGAGAUUUUGGAACGGGUAUUCGAGAUAAAUUUCGAGAUCGUUCUAAACUUAUCGACUUUUGGCGUUUACAUUUAAAAUGAACAGAGAUGGAGAAACAAAUAGAGAUUGGUGCUAUUCAAUAAUAUUUUAAAAAAUCGAAACGUAUUAUAUAGGUCUCGUGAGUCGUCUGUAUCCGACAGAGUACUCGUUUGAGACAAUGGAGUGCUCAAAUAUCAUUUGCUAAAACGACGAUCGAGCUUUUUCGAUACAUAUUCAAGUGAAUUUUUGUUUUUGACGAUGUCAGUAUUAGGAGCUCUAUGAUAAAUAUAUGAAAACGAUAAAUAUUAUAAUCAUAAAACGAGCAGUAUCACUUAAAUAUAUUAUCGAUUGCAUGUGACACAAAAAGACUAUUACUAACAAUCUCUCUAACAACCCGUUUACUAUAGAAUAUCAUUAUUGAUAUUAGAAGAGCUUAUAUCGCGUUUUCGACAUCGCAAACUUAUUUGGAUGUAUAAUUCCAGAAUGUCGUUGCAGUGAAUUGCAGAGUAGUUUUACUUGCUCUGCUCAAAGUAUGUUAUCGCAGAAAAGCUUUCUAAUAUGAAUAAUAAAUAUUUGAAUUACAUCUUUUGAUACACACAAGGCAACUGUCUUCUUGACGAGCAAAAGCUUUCAGAAAAAUCGACCAAUUUUUUUGUAUGUUUUUGAAUGCUGUUUUCCUACAUAGCAAACUAUUUUCAGUAACUUUACUAUCUAAUAAAUCAGAGUUAAAGAGCUUCUAAAGCAGUGUUAGUCUGCCUUCCAUCCUACAAUUGCACUGGAUGCAUUUGUUACGUGAUAGAAAGCUUUAAGACUGCUUAAAAGAUCACAGGGAGGAAGGAAAAAGGGAGAGAAGGAUACAAUAGAGAGAAUAAUGUUAACGGGGACGGGGAAGGGAAUAAAAUAAUAAGCACACUAUACCAAUUUUGAACAAUGUUGUAAACAAUAUUUGCGAUUUCCAGUUAAGAUUGUAUACGUGAAAUUCUUUUAAUUAUCACGAUACUGCAUGCAAUGAAUUUAUAAACGAUUCAGUCCCGGCGGCAUGCGACCGGCUGAUUUUUUAUAUAACUGUCCGAAUUGUCGCAUAUCGUUAGUACUAUUAAGCACAUACGAAUGCUCAUCGCGAUGUAUUCGAUAUGUGGACGUCGAGUAGGGGGUGUGUUGCGAGAGAGAAAGCAUUUUAUCAAAAAAGUUUAAUCAACUUUUACACUACGAAUCCAGUUAAAAAUAACAGCAUUUAUUAGCACUGUAAUGUGUCCUAAUAAUAUGUAGACACGAUUAUAUGUAACGAAAUAUUCGCAUAAAUAUAUUUAUACCAUGUAUAUUCGACGUCCAUUUCUUUUAUUUGUUAAAUUAUUAGAGCACACGCCAUAAAACUUUUUGGAAUAAAUUCUGAUUAGAAUUAUUCAAUUAUUUCUUAGAUUUGUGUUUUCUAAGAAAAACAAAAUAAUUCUAAUCAGAAUCUAUUCGAAACAGUUUUAUAAUGUGCCCUGAUUUUUUAAUUAUAUUAACACGUCUCGUGUCAUCCUUAUUUUAUUGAACGAAAAUACUGAUAUUAUUUCCAAAGGUAAGAAUUAUUCUAAGAGAUCGUAAACAUCGAUGUUUAAAAAUAUAUGAUUUAUAUAAAACUCGUUAAUUAAUAAGUUAAUGAAAUUCCGCCAUACUUUACGAUAACAAUGGGAUUAAAUAACGAAUCGUAUCAGUGAAAUAAGAUUAAGAUAUUUGUAAAUGUUAUGGGAAUAUACUCCAUUUUCAAUAAAUAUGAAUAUCCUAUAUAUU